AAGGGCUCCAAAGAGAAGCAAAGCAGGCCUGGAAAAGAGGAAGGCCCAUCUAGCCGCAGCCCUUCGUGGGCCCCACGGAGGGGCUGAGCCCACGAACGCCUAAAGAUGAGGCCUCUCCCUCGGGCGGCCCUAUGGGUGCCUGGAUGCCUGGAUCCCGCCCGGAUUCUUCAGCCACGCCCUCCAGGUCACCUCCUCCCGGAGCCCGCCCGACCCGCACUCACCUACAGAGCCUGAGCCUGCCUCGUCGGGUGCUUUGCGACCGCUCUCUGCUCCGGACCCCGCGCCUCCGCCCGGGCCGCAGACGUGGCCGCUGGAGCCAGGAGACCCCGCCCGGGAGGCUCGUGUUACCGCCCCGGUCUCUCCCCGCCCAGUACCCACCAGGCCUCGGGAUCUGCAAAGUCGCCUCGGCACGCACACCAGAGGGAAACUGAGGACCUGGCGGUGAGGACCCGCCUGAGCCGCAGGACUUGUCGGUACGUGGAGGCAGCAGCUGGGGGCUCCUGAGGCUAAACGUACAGCGGACUGAGCGACCGAGAAGGUGGACCUAGGAGGACCGAGGAGACCAAGGAGUACUCUGGACCUGGGAUCUUUGAGGACCGAGGCCGAGAACCCGGACUUCGCACGGAGAUCCGGAGCCUGUUCAACAUAUAAAGCUGAUUGGAGCAGAGAAGAUUCAGUUGGGUCCUGAUAAUUGACUCCGAGGCGAUGCUGCAAAAGACAGUGCUCUUACUGGCCCUGGUGACCCAGGUACUGAUGCUGGAGAAUGGGCUCCUGCGAACUCCACCCAUGGGCUGGCUGGCCUGGGAACGUUUCCGCUGUAACAUCGAUUGUGACCACGACCCAAAGAACUGCAUCAGUGAACGCCUCUUCAUGGAGAUGGCUGACCGGCUGGCCCAGGAUGGAUGGCGGGACCUUGGUUAUGUAUACAUCAACAUCGAUGACUGCUGGAUUGGUGGGCGUGAUGCCAAAGGCCGCCUGCUGCCUGAUCCCAAGCGCUUCCCUCAUGGGAUUGCCUUCCUGGCUGACUAUGCCCAUUCCCUGGGUCUGAAGCUAGGCAUCUAUGAGGACUUGGGCAAAAUGACCUGCAUGGGUUACCCUGGUACCACUCUGGACAAAGUGGAGCUAGAUGCCGAAACCUUCGCUGAGUGGAAGAUUGACAUGCUGAAGCUGGACGGCUGCUUCUCUACUGCCAAAGAGCGUGCACACGGGUAUCCCAAGAUGUCUGCUGCCCUGAAUGCCACAGGCCGCCCCAUCGCCUUUGCUUGCAGCUGGCCAGCCUAUGAAGGGGGCCUACCCCCCAAGGUGAACUACACUCUGAUUGCCAACAUCUGCAAUCUCUGGCGUAACUAUGACGAUAUCCAGGACUCCUGGAAGAGCGUGCUCUCCAUUCUGGACUGGUUUGUGAAACACCAAGACAUACUGCAACCAGCAGCGGGUCCUGGACACUGGAAUGACCCAGACAUGCUGCUCAUCGGGAAUUUCGGCCUGAGCUUUGAGGAAUCCCGGGCCCAGAUGGCCCUGUGGACAGUGCUGGCAGCCCCCCUCUUCAUGUCCACAGACCUGCGUACCAUUUCCCCCCAAAACAUAGACAUUCUUCAGAAUCCACUCGUGAUCAAAAUCCAUCAGGACCCCUUAGGCAUCCAGGGACGUAGGAUCUUCAAGAGUAAAUCCCAAAUUGAGGUGUUCAAGCGGCCUCUGUCUAAUGGGGCGAGUGCCCUAGUCUUCUUCAGCCGCAGGACAGACAUGCCUUACCGCUUCCAUUCCUCCCUCUUGGAGCUGAACUUCCCCGAAUCCAAAGAGUAUGAGGGCCAGAAUGUCUUCACAGGGGAUGUCAUCAGAGGCCUCAAGAGUGAAACCAACUUCACUGUGAUCAUCAACCCUUCGGGGGUUGUGAUGUGGUACCUAUAUCCCAUGAGGACCCAAGAAUGACAGGCUAUGGCAGUCCCACUGAGCCUGGACCGUGGAGCUUUGGCAUGCCAAAGACAUGGCAGGGUUCUGUCCUCCCGAGGCUGCUUGGCGAUGUGACCCCAUCAUACCCAAAGUGCAUUUGUAGGGCCGGUUUCCAUGCCCUGCCGGAGCCGGGGCCCUCUUGGAAACCAACCUUGGGACAGUUUCCUGUGGCCUUCGGACCUCUGCCGCCACAGCUCUGCAGAUAAUUGCUGAACAACUUGGCCAGCCUCCUGAGCCCCCACAGGAGCUCAUUGGACUCUAGCCUCUGACUUUGCUGACUCAGAAAUCAGGAUUUGGAAUUUUUCGAAUUAGGAGCAGAGAUCUGACUCUGUGCCAGGAGCUCUCACAAAUCAUGUGAUUGGCCUUCCUACUGGAGAAGGCCUUGCAGUUGAUACCUUGGGGAGUGAGGGGUGGAUUGGAGACCUCAGCUCCCUUAGGUCACCAAUAAAGCUGUUUGACUGUUCUCUAA